CCACUUAGGCCAACCAUAACUUCUUUCUUUAUAUAAGUGUGGUUAAUAUUGAGUUUCAUAGUAUGUGCGAAACACUUCAAGACUAAGAAAAACAAAAUGGAUCAGAGCCUUUCAAACACUAGUCAGUCAAGAUCUGUAGAUCGCAAAACGAUUGAGAAAAAUAGAAGGAUUCAGAUGAAAGCUCUUUCUUCAGAACUCAACGCUCUUCUUCCUCAAACUUCUAGGGCGCCUUUAACACUUCCUGAUCAGCUUGAUGAAGCUGCAAACUACAUCAAGAAGCUACAAGUGAACCUGGAGAAAAUGACAGAAAGGAAGAGGAAACUUGCUGCGACUGGAUCUUCAUCCAUGCCAUCGAGUGUCGAUGUCUCUGUGCCUAGAAGGUUGCCAAAAAUUGAGAUUCAAGAAACCGGUUCGAUUCUUCACGUCUUUCUUGUGACAAGUGUGGAACACAAGUUUAUAUUCCAUGAGAUCAUUAGCGUUCUCUCUGACGAAUCAGGAGCUGAGAUCACUCACGCUGGAUCAUCAACUGUUGAUGAUACCGUCUUCCACACUCUUCAUUGCAAGGUGGAAGAUUGUGAUUAUGGAGCUAGUAGUAGAAUUUCUGAGAGUCUGAAGAAACUUGUGAACAAUUUCAACUAAUAUUAUCUUUAAUAAUGUGUACCCUUUUCCCCUCUUCUUGCAGCUUUUUUUUUUUUGUUUGUUUCCGUUCUAUAUUAUUGUUCCUUUUGUUGAAUUUUAUCUUGUAAUGUGAAAGUGAUGUUUCAUUGUG